AUGGAGAAACUAGUCGGAGGAAUAUCUACUUCUAUUUCAAUUCUUGCUAUAAUCUCCUGCCUUUUUGUGGUGCCAUCUCUAUAUAAUACGGUUCAGGAGGCUCAAGCGGAGGUCACCCUCACCGUUUCCAACUUCCGCGAGGAGACGGACCUCGCUUGGAUUGAAUUAAUGGAAGUCCAGAUCUCUAUCCUUCCCCCUUCCCUGCCACGUGUCAACCCGUUCAAUUCAGUAUUCCGUGAGAAGCGUCAAUCUUUUUCGAGUCUUCCGUCUUGGUGUCAAUGUGAACCAGUCAAACCAAUCUGCCCACCAGGCCCACCAGGUCCACCAGGACAACGAGGACAACGUGGCCCACCUGGAAAUCCUGGAAUUCGUGGACAAGAUUCUACUGUUGUCUACGCACCGAUCACAUGUCCACCGGUAUCUCAAGACUGUGUGAAGUGCCCACCAGGACCAAUUGGACCAAACGGACCUGCAGGACCUGCCGGACCAGUAGGACCAGCUGGCCAACCUGGAUACCCAGGAGCUCGCGGCAAUGAUGGAUUCCCAGGAGCACCUGGCGAGCCAGGAGACAACGGACAACCCGGAAAACCUGGACAAGAUGGUCAACCAGGUAGAAAUGGAGGGGAUGGCCAACGAGGAUAUGGUGCCCCAGGUGCUCCGGGAGCCCCUGGAAAACCUGGACCUCAGGGAGCACCGGGAAUGGAUGGAUAUCCGGGUCAGAACGGGUGGCAAGGACAACAAGGACCUGCUGGACAAGAUGGAUUCCCUGGAACAUUCGGGGAGCCAGGGACACCUGGAAAACAAGGAAACUUAGGAAUUCCUGGACCAGAUGCAUCGUAUUGCCCGUGUCCUGUCAGAUCGGCGACGUUUUUUUGA